ACCACGGCCCAUGUGUAGUUAGUCCAUGCGCAGUGCGGACAGUGCGGGCAAUACCCCCACCCCUCCACCAUCGUCUGAUCAGCGCCCACGAUGCGCUGCGCUGCGCGACUGCUCGCCCCAUCGUAUCGCAUCGUGUCGCAUCGUACGUACAUACAUACACCGCAAACACGCACCCACCACACCAAUUCACACCUACGCGCACGCACGCACGCAUACGCAUACCCGCAUGCAUACAUAUAUAGGUACAUACAUACAUGCACACCUACAUGCAUACAAACAUGCCGCGCUGCCCUGCCCGGUCCCAGGUCGCCAUCGCCAUCGCCAUCGCCCGUCCCUGCGCCUGCUGCCUGCCUGCUAGGUUGGUUGGUUGGUGCCCCUGAUGAUCGCGACGCACCGCUGCUGCUAAUGAUGAUGAUGACGCUGCCGCUGAUGCUGAUGCUAUUGUUAGCUUGCCCGCGUCCUUAGUGCGUCCCUAGUGAGUGAGUGAGUUAGGUAAUUAGUGAGCAGUGCGUGCCUGGCGCGCGCGAGAGAGAGAGAGAGCGCGCGAGCGCGCGCCGUGACGUCGUCGCACGCCCGCCAGGCCUGGACGCGGUUGCGCUGGCGGCUGCGUGUGUGGCUUGGCCUACCUAGGUAGUUAGUGACC